CCACCCACCCAAAACCAACCACUUCCUCAAUGAACACAUCAUGUCUCUCGAACAACAACAAGCUCAAUCGCCCGAACAAACCGAAACUGAAGCCACUGAACUAUCCAACAACCUCAGAUUACGCUCCCGAACCUCAACAACAACCACGACGAGCUCGACGGCAAGCAACUCGAAGAAUGAGCUACCACUAACAACAACGAUGACCUACACUACUACUUCCUCCUUACCCUCACCCGUCAUCCCUCAACCUACACCCAAACCCCAGAAAAGCUCUCGUGGUGGCGCCCGAAAAUCUAACAAAUCUACACGUCGUUCUAGUCUCAAUCAGAAGAAAGAGAAUUCUUCAAAGAAAAAAUCAAAUUCUCCUCCCAUCUUACCCAAUAAUCCCGCUCAACAACAUCAAAAACAGGAACAAACUAUCCCAGAAGAUGAUGCUAAUAUCACUCGCUGCGUCUGUGGAGAAGAUAAUGAGGAAGCCAACGAUGUGAUCAUGUUCCAAUGCGAUAAAUGCUCCGUAUGGCAACACGGACCUUGUGUUGGACUCUACGCGGAAUUUCCAGGAGAUUACUUCUGCGAAAAAUGUCGACCGGAUUUACAUACCACUGGACAAUACCAGAAAUCGACAAGUCAUCAACCGACUCGACGGUCUCCAUCAUUCACAUCGAGUUCAAGUCGACGAGAGCGAGUGAACCCGGAUGCAGCCUCCCUGGCGGCGUUCCUGACGGAUGCCGGAGUGAAGCCGGAGGACCAACUCUCGCUGGGCGGCUUUGCCCUGCCGACGUUUGCCCAGACGAGGCGACAGUCGAAUAUGUUGGUCGACGGCGUCGUGCCUCUCGCUCAGAAGAAACAGACUGCCAUGGAUACUAGUAGCUCUGGGACUGCCGAAUCUACUCUCCUUCCUAGUGCUGUCAACGAUCUUAAUAAGGCUAAGCGCAAAAGACCCUCACUCGAUCAGAUUGAAUCUCCUAUCUUGCCAAGUGUAGAGCCAGCUCUUGAAGAUAAACUCAAACGACCGCGGAUCAGUCCUGGCGCCGAACUCCCCUCGCCGGCCGCAUCGGUCUCAACGACCACUAGCAAACUCUACAACCCGCCCAGUGCGAGCUCGCUUUUCUCAGGGCCGAUCGGCAAACACAAACGUAGUCGAAAGGUAGACGAGACCGACGAAUCUAGUGUUGGGACAAGUAACAGUAAGAACAAGGCGACUGGGGUGUUUAAUAAUAACCGGAAUCCGGCCUCAGUGUCUACUUCGGCAACCGGUAGAAGGGGGUCGCCGACGAAGCGAAGCAAAGAGGACGGACGCCGGACGAAGCAGCAAGUGACUGAACAACAAGCGCAACAGCAACAGCAACAGCAACGACAACAGCAGAUAGAGGCGAUGCUUUCCGAGGGCUGGGGGCUCCCGGACCAUCUCUCGUAUCUGGACUAUCUCCUCCCAACCCCGUUUCCUCAGCCGUUGAUCAUCGAAGAUCUGGGCGACGGAGCUGAGGCGAAGAUCUAUGAGACCCCGGCUAAGGUCAAAUUCCCUUCCAAAAGAACUACGAUCGCUGAUCUUCGCAAACGCUCCAAACAUCUCGUCGAUUAUCUUCAGAAAGUUCAGAUCGAAUCGUCUGAUCGUGAGAAACGUAACGAACUCAUCGCCAAAAGUCUUUCCUCUAAACAACAACAGCAACAACAACAACAACAACAACAACAACAACUCCCGACAAUCGAUCCUAGCAAUCCUCAGCAAUCGUCCCUCCAAAACUCUCACUCUCACUCGUCUUUCGACUCUUCUCAAUCCGUCGUUAGCUCUAAAACCCUCGAAAUCAUCGAUGAUCUUUCUAGACAGCUGUAUCAUUGGCAAGAGAAAUUCAAGCAAAAUUAA